CUUUUAAACCAAUAACAAAAGUGUCAUAUUGUAUAUAGAUACUCAAAUAUGAUAAUAAAAUAAUCUAUAAAAUUUUUAUAAUUUUGAUAACACUUUUGGAUAUAAUACAUAUCUGACGUUCUGAAAAAGCUCUGUAGCGCAUUUGAAACAUUUCGAGUAAUCGAAUAAUCGAGUAAUCAAUUUAUCGACUAUUUGAAUACAAAACAAAUUCGAUUCGAUUCAAAGAUCUACGAAUCGACUGUUGAAUACUGGUGAUGGCGAGACAUGCGAUUUUCUAUCAACCAUUGAAUUUGAGGUUAUGUUUUCAUCACCGGCGACAAAAGGUUAUGGCAGGGGCAUGUCGCGGAUCGCGGGAUGGACGAUGAACAAGCUGUUAUCUGCUCCGAUCAAGGAAGUUAGUCGGGAGAUCUGUGGCAACGCGGUGCGACCGUCUGAGAUCUGUAAAGCGUCUGUUAAGCUGACCUCAAUCGUCAAGCCUUUAAACGCUUAUAUCACCGUGACGAACGAUGUUGCGGGAGAACAAGCGAAUGCCGCCGAUGAGCGGCAACGGAGGAACUCGUUACUUGGUCAACUCGACGGUAUUCCCAUUGCCGUUAAGGACAACUAUUGCGUCAGGGGUAAACCCACGACUUGUGCUUCCCGGAUGCUGGCCAACUUUUCCCCAGGUUAUGACGCCACGGUUUAUGAUAAGCUCAGGGCACAGGGAGCCGUCUUGAUCGGCAAGACUAAUCUCGACGAGUUUGCCAUGGGCUCCGGUACUGUAGACUCGAUUUACGGGCCGACGAAGAACCUGUGGGGCUCGGAAGUAUUGUCUCAAUUCUAUUCGUGCGGUUCGUCUGACGAAUCACAGAUUACCAAGAGGAAACUGCAUGGGAAAGAUGCGUGGCACAUAGCAGGUGGCAGUAGUGGAGGCUCGGCAGUGGCAGUAGCCACAGGUACCUGCUACGCAGCCUUGGGCUCUGACACUGGUGGUUCUACUCGCAAUCCUGCAUCCUACUGCGGUCUAGUCGGACUGAAACCAACUUACGGUUUGAUAUCGCGCUACGGUCUUAUUCCUCUACUGAAUUCAAUGGAUGUGCCUGGUAUCCUCACGAGAACAGUAGACGAUGCUGUAUUAAUUUUAAAUGCCAUAGCUGGUCCCGAUCAAGCAGAUCCUACUACUGUACAAAGAGAAUAUGUUCCAAUUAACUUAUCCAAAACGAUAGACGUUAGUAAUCUUAGGAUUGGGAUACCAAAGGAGUAUGGGGUACAAGGCAUAAGUGAUGAAAUUGUGGAAUGUUGGGAGAAGAUCUCUCGUCUUCUAGAAGAUGCAGGAGCCAGUGUUGUUCCAGUGUCGCUACCUCACACCGAUUACUCGAUAGUAUGUUAUUCUGUUUUAAAUAGAUGCGACGUAGCUAGUAAUUUGGCCUGUUACGACGGCAUAGAAUACGGUCAUAGAGCCGACGAGUGGAGCUCGGCACAUGAAUUGUAUAAGAGAACCAGAUCGGAAGGCUUCAAUGACGUAGUCAAGGAUCGCAUACUAGUCGGAAAUUAUUUUCUUUUGGCGGAAAAUUAUGAGAAAUAUUAUGUUAAAGCGAUGAAGAUGCGUAGAUUAAUUGCCCAGGACUUCGACGUUCUGUGGAAUAACAAUAUAGAUCUUCUGCUGACCCCGACUACAUUGACUGAGGCUCCAAGGUACGACGAAUUCGUGCAGCUGGACAAUCAAACACAAUGUCUGAUUCAGGAUCAUUGUACGCAACCUGCAAAUAUGGCUGGUUUGCCCGCGAUCAAUGUCCCGAUCAAGCUCUCUCGCAAUGGAUUACCUUUAUCCUUACAAUUAAUGGCGCCGCUCUUUCACGAACAGAGAUUACUUACCGUAGCAAAAUGGAUCGAACAAUCAGUACAAUUUCCGAGACUAGAACUAAAGAAUUCAUGUUUGCUUGAAUAAAAUAACUUUUAUGAACAUUACCUUCUAUCUUCUUUGUUUUAUUUUAAUAUUGACAUUUUUUUAAUUUAUAAUAUUACAUUGCCUUUUUGCUACAGAAAUAACAUGACUCAAAGAAAUAUUUUUUGGUUGAAAUAUUAUAAAUCAUUAAAAUUUUUGUAAUAUAAUUUUUAAAUGUGACUUGAGUGUAACGAUUUAAUUUAUUGAUUUUAAAGAAAUAAAAAUAGCAUUAAUUUUUUGCUUAGCGUAUUCUCACCAAAAUUAUCUUUUUUUUAUAAAAAUUACAAUUUUUAGUUAUGCCGUUAUUGUAGCAAAUGAGCGAUAUAUUUCACGUAGACACGAUCAAUCUGUUACUAAUAUUAUAUAUGAACUGCCUUUUAUAAUGGAUUUUAUAUAUGCCUUACAUAUAGAAUUAAAAGGAAAAUUAAUAUAUAGAUUUUGUCGUGUAGCGCAACGACCGUAACCCUCGGGUUGUGCAACGCAAACAAAUUAUACUCCGGUGUACCAUUGAGCGUAUCUGAAAUUCUAUUCGUCGUGUAAUGGCGUUUGCUUGUGCAACCAAACAACCCUCGCGUCUUGUUUCAUUGCGCUGUAACAUUCGUUAUAUAAAGAUGAAACGUACUCUCUUCACCAUUAGACAAAUUCUUCGCGAAAAAGGUAAAGCAAGAGUUUUCCGAAUAAAUAUUAUUGAAAGAACAAUUUUUCGUGAAACUUUUAUUUUUUAAAGGCAUCUGUGCAGUGUCUUACGUCGAAUCCAUACAUUUUGUAUUAAUAUUUACUUUCCAUUUCGGCUUCAGCUUUCUAACACGUAUAUCCUUAUUUUCACCGCGAGAAUUUACACAACGAAACAUUGACAUUUCGAAAUUAAUUGUCUCCCGAAAACCCCCUUGAGGGUGAUUUGAGUACAGAACAAACAACUGACAAUACGCGCGUGCAAAAUCUAUUCACGUAGCGCCUUCGAUAAUUAGAUCGUUGUGACAUUUCAGCCAGAUCUAUUAUUCAUAUCAAAUUAAGAAGCUAACAAAGAAAUAGAACAUAUACUUAAGAAUUUAAUUACGCUUUAUUUCUGCAAAAUUUGUUACACUAUAUAAAAAAUUGUAGUUGUGAAAAACGAUUUAAGGAGAAUAAUAAUUGCAGAUCGAUAUUGCAUGUAAUAACUGUGCAAUAAACUUAAAAUUAUAAUGUUUAUAUACAAUAAAAGUUACAACUAAAAUUCAAUUUUUCUUUCAAUAAAAAAGUAUAACAAUUUCUUAUCUCGAAAUAUAGUCAAAGCACGAAAUAAACCUUGCCUUCGCUAUUUUAAACGUCUUUUACUUACAUUAGGAUAUUCGUUGAAAAGUUGAGUAAACGAGAAGACAUUCAACGUCCCUGCAUUGAAUAUUAAUGGUAUUCAUAUGUAAUUUUUUUUUGCGUUCAGCGCGCGAGAUCGGUCUCCAAGCUUUAAGGAAAUAGUUCAAAGAACAGGAAUAAUAUAUUCCGUCUAUAUAUAUAUAUCAUUCUCUCUUUCGUUUUCUCGUAAUAAUGCAAGUGAUGUCAGAUCAUGCGUAUUCGGACGUUCCUAUUUAGGCGAUAGUCUCUCGUGCCGUCUAAUUUUGCAUUCUCUUUUCUUACCACAUAUAUUCGUAAUUUUCCAGUCUUAUCGCUGCAUAGAACUCAUUUCUGAUCACUAUGAAACUACGAGAAAUGAAAUAAUUAUACAUUUUAUCAAAGAGAAUCGCUAGUCUUUUAUUACUCAUUACGGCAUCUCACUAUCAUAUUACUGUCAUAUUAAAUGCAAAGGGUUAAAAAGCUUAAAUGGGAGAGAAAUGAGUCAACAUUUUUGGUCAAAACGUACGUCUUUGUAUCUAAUAAUAUUUUCUGUUAAAAUUUUAUAAAUUUUAUAAUUGUGUACAAUUAUUUAAAAAAUUAUAAUUUUCAGAAUGUUAGAAUAUGUAGAUUUUCUAUUAUUAUUUUUCGAUCCAUCUGUUUUUUUUGUAAAGAAAAUUAAUGCGCAUAUGAACGGCUAAUAUUCGAAUACGCACGCUAAGCUGAGCUGUCUCGCGUACAAAGUUGUGUAAUUAAUGACAGUGGAAAUAAUAUAUCUAAGUACCGUGUCCGAUAUCGAGUAAGCCGCGCUCGUAUUACACGCUUUAAUCCGACGCUAUAAAGCUUUGCGGCUGCCAUCGGCGAAGCAUGCCAUACUUUAGAACAUCAAACGUGCUCGGCAAUCAUUCUCCUUUCAGUUAAAAAAAUAUGAAGCCUUUGUGAUUGAUGCAACCGACACAGCUCCAGUCCGAGACUUCUCCGUACGUUGUUUCUCAUUAAAGCUUGUCAAAUCUCGUUAAAUCUUCGACCGAUAUUCCGAAAACUCGAUUGUCCGCGUUCAUUAUUUUCGUUUGCGUAAUUUUGUGUUGUAACAACAAUAAUGGCAGAAAGGGAAAUGAUUGCGCAAGAGAGAGUAAUCAAAUUUUUUUUAUCCUGUCGCUUUUCUCUUGCCUCUUUUCACGCAAUUAAUGUCGCAAACUGUGUGAUACAUUUCUCGAUACGACUCGACUAGUCUCACAAGAAAAAUUGGAGAAUCAGCGGAAUUUGCUUCUAGAACACAGUCUUUUUUUUCAUAUGUCGAAGUUAUUUUAUUUAAUUUCUCUAAUGUAAAUUGUGUAAUUCAAUUUUUAAAAAAAUCUGACAAAAUGAAAGAGAUGAGAGAUGAAUAUUUGAUUUUAAAUUUCACAAUUUCAAUCACAAUGCACUGUCAAUUAUUGACGAUUCGAUCGGCUUGUUCCGCUGCCAAUUAACUUCUGCUUGUCCAGGCGUAAAUUACAAUGCGCGGUUAAUGAAAGUUGAAUUUUGAGAGCGCGCGAUCUUGCGAUUUACGGUCAAUCGGAAUCAAAUUCCGCAGUUAUAUAGUAACAAAGUAUACAUUCAAACAUCCUUUUAUAUUAAAUUUUCAUACGAUAAGCUAGUACUUCCAAUCGAGCAUAUAAAAGAUGUAACAUGAAAAUUUUGGCUAAUAUUGACUAAUAAAAUCCUUUCUUUGUCUCUCAAAUAUUUAUUCCGCAUUUUAAGUGGAUUUAACCGUAGCAAUGAGUUUUAGAAUGCUUUUUAUUUCUCCAUUUUAAUUUUGUUUUAUUUCCAAUAUGUUUAAUGAUGAACAAUACAAGUGACGUACCAGCGAUGAGUUCUCUAAAAAGAAAAAUUUAAUCAAAAAGAAUAUUUGACAAUAAUUAGUGGAUAAUAAUGUCAAUUUCCACCAAUGUAAAUUGACUUUAAUCCCGAUUUAACUUACUCUAUCGUUUUUUAAUUCUAAUAAUAAAAGUAAGUUAAAUCAAGAUUAAAGUUAAUCUAUAUAUACAUUGGUGAAAAUGGACGUGAAAGAAUUACGAUAACGAGCUUCCAAAAGAACGAGUCGUAAGACUGACGCUGGACACUUUCCAUUUAACGACACAAGUCGACACAAGUGUUCUGUCUUCCUCGAUAUUCAAUUAGUAACAAAAACGAAACGAUACUCGCGUUGACUUGUGUCAUUAAAUGGGGUAAGCACCCCUUAAGUUCGACCGUAGUGCCAACCCUUCGGCUCACGUAAUACGAUUGCCCCACACGGACGACGCAUUUCCGACAAAACGAAACUUAGGAAUAUAAUUACAACAAAGAGGACAAUAAGGGAAGGCGAUUGCAGACAGUUUGCGAGCGGAUUAUCAGGCAAACAAGUCGCCAGGGUGACUUUUACACAUAUGGUAUAUUAUCGUCGCACUGUGCGUUCACCUUCGCGACGCGAAAACGCGAAGAAUCUACCCUCCCGGAGAUCUGUCGGACGACAGGGUAGUAACGCGGAACGAGAUGGAGGGUAAAAAGGCAGAGGCGACCGGCUAUAUGCGAGAGGGUGACCGCCUCUGGGAAAAUAGGGUUGGGCACGGGGUGGCGAGGACGCAUGCGUCGGACCCGGCCGUCGGGGGCUGUCGUGUCGCUCUCUGUCGUCGGCUACGCCAGUCGUCGUGACGACUUCGAGCCGUCGUCGUCGAGAACGUCGCGUUUUUAAAUCGUCUGCCGCGCGCCCACGCAUCGUCACCGAAUUUCUCUCUCUCUCUCUCUCUCCUCUCUCUCUCUUCUUCUUUCCCCCUCUUUCUCUCUUUCUCCUUCCUCAUUCUCUAUCUUUAUCUCCGCUCCCCUUUCUUCCUUUCUCCCUUUCUCUCUUUCCCCAUUUCUUCCCGUUGUACUCAUCACCGCCGUAUUCGCUCGGUCGCCCGUUUGGUUGGGCGCGCGCGCGCGCGCGCGCGCUGAUCGAGCAUGUCGCGGCACUCGCAGCGCACUUCAAAUCGCUGGCAAGUUCGCGCCGCGGGUGUCGACCGUCGUCGCGGAUGAGCGUUCCCCCGCGUGUGGCGCGUGUGUGUGUUCGGCAACGGUCGACGGGGGAUCCUCGUCGUACGCGAGUGAUCUCGCGAGGUUGUGUGACCUACGCCGGAACAAACGCCGUUUCUCGUGUCCCCCUUCGCGACGCAUAUACCGCCAAAAUCGGUCGGCGCGGCGAACUUGGACAGGUGCGCGAGUGAUCGCGGCACCCCUCUUCCUAACCUCUCUCCCUCCCUCCCGCCGUGUUAUCGUCGUCGGCUGCGCGCGACCACCCCCGUAAAGGUGCUCCAUGAUUGCUCCAUACCACGUCGUGACAAGUGGAUGGGCUUCGACAUCCCGGAUCGCCCGACAUCGCAAGUACCGACGGCCCCAUGAAUUAGUUACUCACCGCAUUAGGGAAGGACGAGGAAACCAUCCGGCGUACGUGGGUCGACGUACGAUGCACUAGUGAAUCAUCGUCCGUCAUUAUGCAACGGUGAAUUUCCCCGUUUCCAUCGGUGCGUACGUCAAGUGCAGCCGAAAUUGCCUGAGAUCGCGCCGACAGAGAGUUCACGGGAUUCAUGGAAUCGUGAUCAGGUAAGGGUGAUUUUGAUGCCGUCGCCGCGCAGAAGGAGCCGCCACGAAAUUUAUACGUCAGGACCGGAAAUACGUGCCAAUCUGGCCCGGUAUCUAGGACGGCGAUGUAACUGUCGUAAGAUGGGAAAUUUCCGUUGAAAAUGAGAUCGGAUUUCGCGAAAUCGAGCGUGCGACGCUUCUCGAGAUGUAUGUAUACGCUCGUGUCAGCUAGAGUGCACAAUGACAAGCGAUUGAAGGAAUUGACGCGUUAUCAUAACAUUAUUCGAAGCUCGUUUGAUACUGUUCACUUAAUCGAAAAGUUGAAUAAUUUUGUACGUCUGUAUAAUAUAAUAUAUGAAAAUGUUAUAGCGUUACUUAUUAAUUAGAUAAUUACACACAAUGUUGCAUAUAACAAUAGUGCAAUAUUAAUAGAGUUCCAGAGAAUAAUUAAAUUUGAAAAUUUUUAUAUAAAAUAUCAAAAGUACAAUAAUUUUUAAGUCAAUCAUAAGCGAUCAAAGUUAGACAAGAUUAUAAAGCUAAGUGCGAUAACUGCAUUUAUACAAUUAUUGAUUCGCUAAAUUAUAAGACGUCGUACAUCGAACGGAUCAUAGAUUCGUGUGAUCCAUUUUAUUCUCCGUUAUAUUGAAGAAUGCUUAAUUAACGUAAAACACUACAUAAAAAGUGUGAUUAUAAUUAAACGUGUUUUUAGAUAUUGUGUAAGUAUGACGAAGGAAAAGAAAAAAAAAAA